AUGGGCGAAUCCAGGCAGGAACUCAUCCAGUGGUUGAACCAGCUGCUGUCCCUCAACAUCACAAAGGUCGAGCAAUGCGGUACCGGCGCGGCCCUCUGCCAGGUGUUUGACAGCAUCUUUAUGGACGUUCCCAUGUCCCGAGUCAAGUUCAACGUCAACAGCGAAUAUGCGUACAUCCAGAACUUCAAGGUCUUGCAGAACACCUUCGCGAAGCACCAGGUCGACAAGCCCAUCCCCGUCGAAGCGCUGGUCAAGUGCAAGAUGCAGGACAACCUCGAGUUCCUGCAAUGGACCAAGAAGUUCUGGGACCUGAACUUCCCCGACCACGAGUACGAUGCCGUUGCCCGGAGAAAGGGCGCUCCUGUCCCCUCCGGCGGCGGCUCUGCCCCUCGUGUCGCGUCCGGUACCGGCGCCGCUGCUAGACGAGGCGGUACCACCCCCUUGGGCGGCGCCCGUGUCCCCAAGGCCGCUGGCCCCGGCACGGCCGCUCUCCAGCAGGAGAACGCUACCCUCAAGGAGACGGUUGUCGGUCUCGAGCGCGAGCGCGACUUCUACUUCAGCAAGCUCCGGGACAUCGAGCUCUUGGUGCAGCAGGCGGUGGAGGAGGACCCCGAGCUGGAAAAGCAAGAAGACGGCCUCGUCAAGCAGAUCCAGACCAUCCUGUACUCGACGGAGGAGGGCUUCGAGAUCCCGGCAGAAGGCGAGGUUGUCGACGACCAGGAGACCUUCUAG